AUGUCUGUUUGCGUCAGCUGUAAAGAACCCUUGGUGCUAGGCAUCGACGAGGAUGAGAAUGCCGCCCCCGUCCCAGACGACCUUUUGCUCCCUUGUGGAUGCCAUUACCACUGGCAAUGCUUCCUAGACUCAUCCUCAGAUGUCGUCAUAUCCCUGAAAUGCCCAUCCUGCGGUAACCACCUUGCCACAAACGCACCGGGUCCCUCUGUGACCAAUACCAUCUUCCCCUCGUCCCAGGACGUCGCCAUUGUCACCCGCUACCAGAGUGAGGGCGGCGUCCAGGACGACUACAACAUCCUUCCCGACGUCACCGAGGAGGCCUACCUGACCAUGCACCCCGAGGCCCGCCCCGCGCACGCCUUCCACGAGAUGUGCGCCGAGAACAACGUCGAGGGCAUCCUCUCGAUACUGCACGACUUUGAUCACCCGGACAGCGAUGACGAAGACGACGUCCCGAGGCUGCCAAAGGAUCAGAUGUUGAGGUAUCAGGAUCCGCUCAACGGCAACAAGAGCGCCCUGCACAUUGCCGUCGAGAAGGACCAGCCCCAGGUUGCACUGCUGCUCUUGUACCUCGCGUCUGGCCUCGCCACGGACAGCUUCCCGCCCGACGCCCUCGAGGUCGCGGUCAACCUUCAGUUGCAGCGGCCCACGCUCGCUAGUCCGAUGGAUGACAUCAGGGCGCUCAAGGACUCCCAGGGAAGGACGGCCGAGGAGUAUGCGUUUCAGGCCGGACCUAGGUGGAUCAGUUUUAUCGAGGCGGGCAUGUUCGCUUGA